GUAUUUCUUAAGCAGAUGAAGUUCCCCCUAAAGGAUUCAAAACGCCUGAUCCAGUGGUUAAAAGCUGUUCAGAGGGAAAACUGGACCCCCACUAAGUAUUCGUUCCUCUGUAGUGAACAUUUCACCAAAGACAGCUUCUCCAAAAGGCUGGAGGACCAGCACCGCCUGCUCAAGCCCACAGCAGUGCCCUCCAUCUUCCACCUGACAGAGAAGAAGAGGGGGGCUGCAGGCCAUGGCCGGACUCGGAGAAAGGACGCCAGCAAGGUCUCGGGGGCCAUGAGGGGCCGUGGGAGCACAGCCGCCGGGAGAGGGGCCGUGAGCACCUCUCCCUCCUCCGGUGGAACCCUGAUGGCCCAGCCAGAGCCCCGCAAGCUGAAGCGAGCCACUCUGCAGGGUGAGGCCACACCCAGGACCCCCCCAGAUCCCAGCAUCCAGGAGCAGGCCCAGCAGUGUCUGGGGAAGACCCCAGGAGAUGGACCAUCGGCCACCAGGGCAGGCAGCCAGGGAGAAGAAGGAGCAUGUCUGGAGGAAGCCAGGGGCCAGAAUGCUGGCGCCACCUGGGCCGAGGGUGGCGGGGCAGACCGGAGCGGGGUGUCCGCAGAAGAUUUCACUCCCCCAGGGUCUGGGGCCUGCAGGUUCAUUGGCUCACUGCAUUCCUACAGUUUCUCCUCCAAACACACUCGAGAGAGGCCUUCUGUUCCCCGAGAGCCCAUUGACCGAAAGAGGCUGAAGAGAGAUGUGGAGCCUAGUUGCAGCGGGAGUAGCCUGGGGCCGGACAAGAGUGUGGCCCAAAGCCCCCCGAGGUCCUCACUCACUGCCACGCCACAGAAGCCUUCCCAGAGCCCCUCUGCCCCGCCCACCGAUGUCACCCCGAAGCCAGCUGCGGAGGCCGUGCAGAGCCAGCAGAGCGAUGCCAGCCCCAUGUCCAUCAACGAGGUCAUCUUGUCUGCAUCGGGGGCCUGCAAGCUCAUCGACUCGCUGCACUCCUACUGCUUCUCUGCCCGUCAGAGCAAGAGCCAGGUGUGCUGCCUGCGGGAGCAGGUGGAGAAGAAGAAUGGCGAGCUCAAGAGCCUGCGGCAGAGGGUCAGCCGUUCCGACAGCCAGGUGCGCAAGCUGCGAGAGAAGCUGGACCAGCUCAGGAGAGCGAGCUUCCCCUACCUGAGCGGCCUGCUGCCCCCUAGCCGCGAGCCUCCCAAGAUGAACCCAGUGGUGGAGCCGCUGUCUUGGAUGCUGGGGACCUGGCUGUCUGACCCUCCCGGAGCUGGGACCUUUCCGACCCUGCAGCCCUUCCAGUACCUGGAAGAGGUGCACAUCUCCCAUGUGGGCCAGCCCAUGUUGAACUUCUCGUUCAACUCCUUCCACCCUGACACGCGCAAACCCAUGCACAGAGAGUGUGGUUUUAUCCGCCUCAAGCCCGACACCAACAAGGUGGCCUUCAUCAGCGCCCAGAACACAGGCGUCGUGGAGGUGGAGGAGGGUGAGGUGAACGGGCAGGAGCUGUGCAUCGCAUCCCACUCCAUCGCCAGGAUCUCCUUCGCCAAGGAGCCGCACGUGGAGCAGAUUACCCGAAAAUUCAGGCUGAAUUCUGAAGGCAAACUUGAACAGACAGUGUCCAUGGCAACCACGACACAGCCACUGACCCAGCAUCUUCAUGUCACCUACAAGAAGGUGACACUGUAGCCAGCACUCCAGAGCCCAGGCCCUGCGUGGCUGCAGGCUGUCGGGGCUGCGCUGUCCACAUGUUCCUGGAGUGGUGUCGAGAAACCAAAUAAAAGGCCUUUAUUUUUAUGGCUGA